CAAUUUGACAAGCGUGACAGAUACGAACUCCUAUUUCCUUGCUCUUUCUGUUCUUCUAACCAAUCUGCUGCCUCUUUCUUCUGAUCACCUCCAUCUCUGUGAUCUCCUUCUCCUUCCUCCCAAUCUCUUCUCUCCAUUUCCACCACAACAAUGGACUCCUUUCAAACAUCGUUGUCGACGCGUCUCUUUCUCCUUCUUCUUUCCUUCUCUGCUAUCGCCUCUGCUUUGGACAUGUCCAUCAUCGACUAUGACGCCAGCCACGUGCCCAAAGGCGCUCUCCGAGACGAGAGGCACGUGAGGAGCAUGUACGAGUCCUGGCUCGUCAGGCAUGGCAAAGCCCACAAUGCCUUGGGAGAGAAGGAGAGGAGAUUUCAGAUCUUUAAGGAUAACCUCCGCUUCAUUGAUGAGCACAAUAACGUAGAGAACCGCUCAUUCAACCUCGGUCUCACCCGGUUCGCUGAUCUUACCAACGACGAGUACCGGUCCAUCUAUUUGGGUGCCAAGAUGAACCGAUCCAGGCGAUCGCUCUCCGGCUCCACGAAGAGCGAUCGCUACGCCUACCACGCCGGCGACCAGUUGCCUGACACCGUGGAUUGGAGAGCCAAGGGUGCUGUGGUUCCAGUGAAAGAUCAAGGCCAAUGCGGGAGUUGCUGGUCAUUCUCUGCCAUCGGAGCCGUGGAAGGGAUCAAUCAAAUCGUGACCGGGGACCUCAUAUCGCUGUCAGAGCAAGAACUGGUGGAUUGUGACAGAUCUUACAACCAGGGAUGCAAUGGAGGUCUCAUGGACUAUGCCUUUGAGUUCAUCAUCACCAAUGGAGGCAUUGACACCGACGAGGAUUACCCUUACCGUGCUCGUGAUGGUGCAUGCGAUCCCAACAGGAAAAAUGCCCGUGUCGUCACCAUUGAUGGAUACGAAGAUGUCCCAGAAAAUGAUGAGCUUUCCUUGAUGAAGGCUGUUGCGAACCAGCCAGUUAGUGUUGCCAUUGAAGCUGGUGGCAGGGCAUUUCAGCUUUAUCACUCGGGUGUAUUCACAGAGCAGUGUGGAACGCAGCUUGAUCAUGGAGUGGUGGCGGUGGGAUAUGGAACGGAGAAUGGUAAGAAUUACUGGUUAGUGAGGAACUCGUGGGGUCCAUCGUGGGGAGAGGAGGGUUACAUCAAGCUAGAGAGGAACGUGGCAAGUGGUGGCAAGACAGGCAAGUGUGGCAUCGCAAUGGAGGCAUCGUACCCUACAAAGAAGGGUAACAACCCUCCUAAUCCUGGGCCUUCCCCUCCGUCUCCAUCAAAGCCUGAGACUCAAUGUGAUGAUUACUACUCUUGUCCUUCUGGUUCCACUUGUUGCUGCGUCUAUGAGUACCAAAACUUCUGCUUUGGAUGGGGAUGUUGCCCUCUUGAAUCUGCAACCUGCUGUGACGACCAUUUGAGUUGUUGCCCUUCUGAUUACCCUGUCUGUGAUGCAAGAGCUGGAACUUGCAGAGUGAGCAGUGAGAAUCCAUUUGGAAUAAAAGCUUUGAGGCGAUCCCCGGCUUCAAGCUUGAGAGGUCAGCAAAGAUAUGCUGCCAGGAUCAACUUCGUUUGAUAUGUUUGUGAAAUGACAAGACUUUCUUGAGGACUCAAGACGAUGAGGAACGUAUAUGAGAUGGAAUGCGACUUCAGAAUUUUUCAAUUUGAAUUGUCAUUGCUGUAAAUAUGCUUUAUUAUUCUACACUUUUAAAGCUCGCAUUUUAGAUUCUGCAUUUUGAAGCUCCGUUCCGUUUCAGACAAGGGGGAACUGCUUGAAUAAUAGAAACUUAGUGGUAUAUACUGUACAUAGUUUUAACUUGAACCAUAUUAAGCCCGCUUUUUUAAUAUUCGAGUAAUUCUUCGAGAUGAUUCCA